AUGGUGCAGAGUGAAAAUUCUUGGUCUCCAGAUGAUACUUUGAGAGUACUAAUAGCAUCUGACAUUCACCUAGGCUACUUAGAAAACGAUGCUGUAAGAGGUGAAGACAGUUUCAUAGCCUUCGAGGAAGUUCUUUCUACAGCGGUACAAUAUGAUGUAGACUUCAUACUUCUUGGAGGAGACCUUUUUGAUCACGCAAAGCCCUCCCCCAGUUGUAUGUAUAAAUGUACACAAAUAAUACGAAAAUAUUGUUUUGGCGAUAAACCUAUAAAUAUCGAAGUAUUGUCUGAUCAAUUGGAAAAUUUCUCACGAAAUAUUAACUAUGAAGAUCCAAAUUUAAAUGUGUCUUAUCCUAUAUUGUCAAUACAUGGUAAUCAUGAUGAUCCUGUUGGACAAGGCAGCGUCAGUUCCUUGGAUAUUCUAUCGAUUACAGGCCUUGUUAAUUAUUUUGGCAAAUGGACUGAUUAUACGAAAGUUAAAAUAUCACCUGUACUCAUACAGAAAGGUGAAACUAAAUUAUCUCUUUAUGGCUUAAGUCACUUGAAAGACCAACGUCUAGCUCGCCUGUUUGCUGAAAAAAAAGUUGAAAUGGAACUUAUGGAAGAUGGAGUUGAUUGGUUCAAUAUUUUAGUUUUACACCAGAACAGAGCUGAUCGAGGGCCCAAUAAUUACAUAUCUGAGGGAGUUUUGCCAAAAUUCCUAGAUCUUGUUAUAUGGGGACACGAGCAUGACAGUCAAGUGUUUCCUAUGAGAGAUGUGAAGAUGGGUGAAGAGGGCUGUUUUUCUGUUAUUCAACCUGGUAGCACUGUUGCCACAUCUUUGGCUGCUGGAGAAGCCUUACAAAAGCACUGUGCUUUACUACAAUUACACAAAAAAGAAUUCAUUGUAACGCCUCUAUCAUUAAAGACUGUAAGGCCAUUCAUUUUUAAGACAGUAGUUUUAUCUGAAGAAAAUUUAGGUGAAGGUGAUGUAAAUGAAAAUGAGAAAGUUCAAAACUUUUUGAAAAAUAAAGUCAAUGAAGCAAUAGAAGAAGCGGAUAAACUUAAAAGUGGCGAUCCAAAACAACCUACACUGCCCCUUAUCAGACUUAGUGUUUUCUAUGAAAGAGAUGAUCAAGAUUUUAACCGUGUGAGGUUCGGUCAAAAUUUUAAUGGCCUUGUUGCUAAUCCAAAUGAUGUUUUGAUUAUGAAGAGAGAAAAAAGAAUUCGUGAAAGAAAGGAUCAAUUGAAAGAUGGGGAAGAGAAUGGCCACAUUGAAGUAGCUGCAGCUGAAGCGCCCGAUGUUGAGUCCUUAGUAAGUUCUUUCUAUGCUGCGCAGCCUGCCGAAAAGCAACUGUCAGUUUUGUCAGUUCGAGCAAUCACAGAAGCAGUACGAGACUUUACCUUGAAACGUGAUGACGACGUUUUUCGGCGUGUUCUGGACGCUCAUCGUCGCCGCUGCGUUGAAUCUCUUCUUGAAUCUACAGCUGAGACUGAAGAUGAAAUUAAUGACCGCAUCCGAAUGUGUAAGGAAGUCUUGGACGCAGCAGACUCUGAUCAACUAAAAAGUUUAAUCGAUGCUGCCAGUGCCAAAGAGGAAGCAAAACGUAAAGACGAAAAACAGCUAGUUGUACUUUUAAAACGAGAGCCGAUCCUAUUGUCCAGUGAUGAUGAAAGUAUGCCCUUAUCUCGAAGUAAGGGCCGGGGCUCUAGAGGUGGACGUGCUCGUGGACGACAAGCACGUGGAGGCAGAGGCAGAGGAUCUCCGCAGGCAGCACCACCCCCAACGCCUGAGCGACGAACCCCGAAGCGAUCUGCAGCACAAAAGACAACAUCCUGGCUCCAAAGCAUCACGAGCGAUCGCGCUCUGCGUCGACGUAAAGAUUCCUCAGAAAUUGAAAUCUCUGACUAG